AACGAAAUGAAGCAUUUUCUCCUAAUAAAAAAAAAAAAAAUAGAAAAUAGGGGUGUCGUCUUCCGACAGAAAAUUCCAAGGAUGAAGUAAGGCGACGUGGACUUAUAUCUGUCCUUACAUUUAAUAUUUUUUCAAACCGAACCAUCAAUCAUCAAAUUCAAAACCCCUGUUGGACACUAUACACCGCACAUAUAAACCCAACCAACGUCAUCUUCCUAUCUUCCUGAACCUCCCCUCCGCGGCGGCGCGUCAUGGACACGCUCUACGCCACCAUUCACUACUGGCUGGUCGACCACCCAUUUAUCACCCACUACCAUUGGAUACCCAACCAAACACCCGGCGCUUCCCCGCUCUUCGUCGCCGUUGCCGUUGUCACCUACCUAACCCUCACGCUCUCCCUCAGCCAUUUCCCCCUCCUCCCCACCCUUUCCUCCGCCGCACUUCGCCUCAUAACCGUCGUCCACAACCUCGUCCUAUGUCUCCUCUCCCUCAUUAUGGCCGUUGGCUGCACCCUCUCCGCCCUCCACCAAACGCCGCCUGACUACCCCAUUUGGCCCCUCUGCUUCCCCGUGAACCACACCCCACCGCGGGGGCCCUCCUUCUUCUGGGCCCACGUUUUCUACUUCUCCAAGAUCCUGGAAUUCCUCGACACACUCUUAAUCCUCCUGAGCGGGUCCCGUUCCCGGAGGCUCUCGUUCCUCCACGUUUACCACCACGCAGUGGUGGUGGUCAUGUGCUACGUUUGGCUGGCGACGUCGCAGUCGCUGUUCCCGGUGGCGCUGGUGACCAAUGCGACGGUGCACGUGGUGAUGUACUCGUAUUACCUGCUCUCGGCGGUGGGGAUCCGGCCGUGGUGGAAGAGGUUGGUGACGGACUUUCAGAUCAUCCAGUUCUUGUUCAGUUUCGUGAUAUCGGGUUGGAUGGUGUAUUACCAUAUGAAGGGGCCGGGCUGCGAGGGGAUAUGGGGUUGGUGCUUCAAUGGGGUUUUCAAUGCCUCACUUUUGGCUCUGUUUUUUGACUUUCAUCGCAAGAAUUAUGCCAAGAAAAAGAGGUCUGAUCUGCUGGAUAAGGCUGCUAAAAUCUCCUGAUCAUUUUCAACUUAUGAAACUCUAUAUUCUUAGAUGGUUCAAAUUUAAUCAAUCACUUCACAAAUACUAAACGAUGGGGGCUGACUUGCCCAACCACCCUCGUACUAUGGCCAGUUUAUUGAAAUUAUCAAUCUAGCAAGCGGAAUUAAGAAGUUAUCGAAAACUUUAUUCAAUCAAGUUAAUUCGAUCACACGGAUCCAUUCAUCAUUUGGUUAUAUUGAAUUUAGUUUAUUA